AUGGAUCUGCCAUUCAGCUUCGAGAUGCACGAGCUUGGCGACAAAGUCAGGCUGGCGCGGGUUCUGCAUCACAUCGAAUGCUUUGCUCGUCCGCUUCAUCGCAAAGGCGGUUGUUCCGCCUUCCAGAUUACCGUCGAAUUCGCCCGCUGCUUGAUCACCACUUACACCUUUACGCUCAAGGACUCCACUCCACCCGUGGACCGGGUCACGAACUUCGUUAUCCACUGCUAUGUUCUUGUUCUCGAAGACAAGGAAGAUGUCCGCCUCUCGGCGGCGGAGAUGAGGUCGCCGCCAGAUCCAGAUUGCUGGGCUCUGUUCUUCGAGCUGGCCACCAGAGAACUCGGCAUCAAUCCGAACCCGUCCAUCGCAUGCGAGCAUAGUACACUGUUGGUGGCCAACGCCGCUCACUUUGGCCGUUGGGCCACCGCGACCGCGGACAACAAGUCCGGCUUCGACCGGCUUCGUCAAGACUUCGUAGAUAUUCAGCUCCGAGAUCUUGCAUGGCGUGCGCAUCGCGAACCAACUCAGCUCGCCCUCUCCAUCUUCGGCUCCCACCGCUCAGUCAUAUUCAAACCCGCUACCGGUUUCGACGAGUGCGCGUUCCAUGUUGCUAGGUUCUUGGGCCAGACCUUGCGCGAGCACGACGUUACCGUCUGCACUGACAGCAUCAAUAGAACCUUGGCCAAAGUUGUGGCAUCUUGCGCCCUGUGGAACGGCUAUCACGCAACGCCCUUCUUCGCAGCCGAGUUCAUCCGACGUUUCCUUCUGAGCUCUCUAUAUACCAUGGAAAGAACCACACGCGUCGUCCGUGCGCCAGACUUCCCCGUUUCAACCAGUUUCCUGCGCCUCGUGCACUAUUGCGCGGCGAUAUGGCUGUCGUCACCGAACGGACCUUUCUCGGGCGGACUUGCGGCAGAGCUACAAGAUAGCGGCGAGUCCGUUGCUGUUGAGCGCGUGCUUGAUGCAGUGCUGAUAAAUGCCGACCCGAUCGGUAGACUCACGAGACACACAUUGGAGGCUGCCAUUGUCCGGCAUGCACCCAAUUCAUGUCUGACACGAGGAGAGUGUCUUCGGAUCCUCUACCGCCGAGAGAACUUGAUGGCCCCUGUUCUACACCUCGGCGCUUACCCCCGCAAUCUCGUGGUCUCGACGGGAGCUCCGCCUUAUCAUUUCAUCCCACCCGCUUGUCAACUGACACCGGCCGAGGUAAUCUGCUACUUUCCCAACGCCCUAUGUAUCCCGGCAAUUUGGAUUUGGGUAACCUCCCACGGAUGGGCUCCGCUCCAAAUUCCAAAGUUUCUGGACCAGACUCGGGGCCUCGAGGGAAUAUGGAAGUCGUCCGCUACCACCUUUCGCAACUGGCAGCACACGGCCAGCGCUGCGAUUCGGGAGGAGAAGGAUCUAGCGCUUCCUCCGUCCGCGCCUAAGCUUGACCUUACUCCUUACGUCCACGCCUACUGCAACGCUCCUGUGCGCGGUCGCCGUAAACCGGUGGUGGAUAUGAGCAUGUCAAGGCUGGUGUACCCGAUCAGGCGGCACCCGAUGGGCGACGAUGCGGACUACUUCACCGGGGUAGCCAAGUACGCAGCCGCCAACGGAGACCUCGGGGGCAAAAUCCUCGAGGGAGAGGGCCCGGAAUCGAGCCCAGGACAUGACAGCAUUUCCGGGAACGAGUGUGGCAAUGCUACAGGAUCAUCUAUGGCUGCUCGAGAGAAGAACGGAGAAUCCUCUGCAGCAAGCAACCAGUUCCAAAAUGCGUCUGGGGAGGCCUGA